CUCGGCAUUUAAAUUGAGCUGCAGGACAUCAGCUGCGGCUACAUUCAGCGCCGUGCUGUGACAGAAAAUAACCCGCAGCAUUAGCAAAACAGGCUACUCUUAUUUUUUUACACGAAAUAGACAGAAAUAGCUGAUGGUCUGAGGAGGUUUGGGGUGUUUUGUGUGAAGAAGAGCGGGAGAGGUUGAACAAUAACGGAGACUGUGCUCUGACAGCAGCUUGGUGCAUCAUUUUUGGGAUUCCUCUGCUAGCUGUUGGACGAAAUUGAAUAGCGGUAACGAGAUGCUAUGCAUGAGCGGAAUUAUUUAGGCUUUUUUGAGCAGUGUUUGUUUUCUAAAAGAGAUUGGUAAACAAAAACAAAGUUAUUGAAUGCAUGUUUUUUUUUGGCCCAGGAGCAAAAGUGGCCUGGACUUGGAUGAUCUAUGGACCUGAUGACGAGAGUGCAUUUGAUGAAUAAGGUUUAAAUUCUGAAAAAUAUCCUACAAUUUGGAUAUUUUCUUAUCAGUUGAAGACAUUUACCCGUACAAAAUACAGGCCUGAAAUAAAUAACCUUCAACUGGGGUGGCUCAAUAUUAUCAAUAACAACAGUCACCACCCAUUAUUUAAUCUAUACAUUUAUUCUUCUUCUUUUUGGAGACAUUUCCUGUAGAAUAUAACCAGGAAAAAAACUAAAUAAAUUAUUUUUUGUGUUUAUGUCACGGUUAAUUAUUUUUGUUUAUUUUUUGACUCUCAACUAGGUUAGAUCUAAGCUUCACUUUCUUUUUGUUUUAUUUGUAAGGAAAUCUCUACCAGCUCUUAAGAAGAGUGUUUGAUCCCUCAAGGACAUUUGACAUUGUUAAACCUGUCAGUCGACAAGAAAAUAAUCUGACACGAGUGACCAACAGCAUCUUUGACCAGUUCAGCAGCCAUGUUCAGCUGGCUUGGGAGCGACGACAGGAGGAAGAAGGAUCCAGAAGUCUUUCAGACCGUGGGUGAUGGACUGAAGAAGCUCUACAGAACCAAACUCCUGCCGCUGGAGGAGGCUUACAAGUUUCACGAGUUCCACUCCCCGGCCCUGGAGGAUGCAGACUUUGACAACAAGCCUAUGGUCCUACUGGUGGGACAGUACUCCACCGGCAAGACAAGCUUCAUACGCUACCUGUUGGAGCAGGAUUUCCCCGGUAUGCGUAUCGGCCCAGAACCCACCACAGAUUCCUUCAUCGCGGUGAUGCACGGCGACACCGAAGGAGUCAUCCCGGGAAACGCUUUGGUGGUUGACCCCAAGAAGCCCUUCAGAAAGCUCAACGCAUUUGGAAACGCAUUCCUCAACAGGUUUGUGUGUGCCCAGCUGCCUAACCCAGUGCUGGAAAGCAUCAGUGUGAUUGACACCCCAGGGAUUUUGUCAGGAGAGAAACAGAGAAUCAGUCGAGGCUAUGACUUUGCGGCUGUCUUGGAGUGGUUUGCAGAGCGAGUGGACAGGAUCAUUUUACUGUUUGACGCCCACAAACUGGACAUCUCUGACGAGUUCUCAGACGUGAUAAAGGCCCUGAAGAACCAUGAAGACAAAAUCAGGGUCGUGCUGAACAAGGCUGACCAGAUAGAGACACAGCAGUUGAUGAGAGUGUAUGGAGCCCUAAUGUGGUCACUGGGAAAAAUAGUCAACACCCCUGAGGUGAUCCGCGUCUACAUCGGGUCAUUUUGGUCCCAUCCUCUGUUGAUCCCAGACAACAGGAAGCUGUUCGAAGCAGAAGAGCAGGACUUAUUUAAAGACAUUCAGUCUUUACCGAGAAAUGCAGCGCUUAGAAAACUCAACGACCUGAUCAAGAGGGCAAGACUAGCCAAGGUCCAUGCCUACAUCAUCAGCGCUCUGAAGAAAGACAUGCCCGCUGUGUUCGGAAAGGAGAACAAGAAGAAGGAACUGAUUGGCAGUCUGGGAGAUAUUUACAAACGCAUUGAAAGAGAGCAUCAGAUAUCACCGGGAGAUUUCCCUAAUCUGAAGAAGAUGCAGGACCUACUCCAAUCUCAGGAUCUCAACAAAUUCCAGCCUCUGAAACCCAAACUCCUGGAGGCAGUGGACGACAUGCUGAGCCACGACAUCGCCGGCUUAAUGGUUCUGGUCCGCCAGGAAGAAAGCCAGCGUCCCAAACCCGUUGUGAAAGGUGGAGCGUUUGACGGCACUUUGGACGGCCCGUUUGGCCACGGGUACGGAGAAGGAGCCGGCGAAGGCAUCGACGACGCAGAGUGGGUGGUCGUACGAGACAAACCCGCCUACGACGAGAUCUUCUACACGUUGUCUCCCGUCAACGGAAAGGUGACGGGUGCCAACGCCAAGAGGGAGAUGGUGAAGUCAAAACUGCCCAACACUGUGCUGGGAAAGAUCUGGAAGCUGGCAGACAUCGAUAAGGACGGGAUGCUUGACGAUGAGGAGUUUGCGUUGGCCAAUCACCUGAUCAAAGUGAAACUGGAGGGACACGAACUGCCAUCGGACCUGCCCGCACACCUGGUGCCGCCUUCCAAGAGGGAAAUAUCUGAGUAAAUGUACGAUUACAUCAUUCCAUGCCCCAAUAACCUGUAAGUAGACCCAUCCCCUCCACCCAGAGGAAAGUUCAAAGUAGAAUAGAAAUAUUCCUGUAGCAUUAUAGCAAAAAAGAUUUAACAAAAUUAAACCACGUUUCCAACUCACAAUGUUGCUCUGCUGCUGCCAUCCCCACAUGGGCAGACUUUCAUUAGCUUCAAGAGGCAAAUAAUAAAGCUAAAUAUUCAGUUACAUUCAAAUAAUGAACAUGAAUGCUAAUCAGCUGUUAGCAUGUGAAUUCAAAUGCUACAUGUCUGCAGUGUUGCAAUAGCUUUUACCAUGGUAGAAAAACUGGAUCGUAAUGAGUUCUCCCAUUAAGUAUUUGGCUUUUAAGGGUGAGAUAUCUGGAACUGAGAGGCAGGACAAGUGUUGGAGUGAGAACAAAGCGAGAAAAAGAUAUGAAAGGAUAUUAAAAGUCUAAAGUAAGAAACACUGGAAUACAACUUAAUGUAAGGUAAUCCAAACUACUGGAAGAUAAUGGGUGAAAUACGCAACAAUGUGACGACGAAAAGAGAGUUGGAAGGAUCAUUCCACGGCAUGUAAAGAUGCAAAUUAUUAUUGUAUGUAUGGUAAUGAAUACAGAUAUCUCAUGUUUGACUGCAAAGUUAAAGUUCCCUUAUCUCGUGGUAUUGUUCAGUCUUGAGGUGCGGCUGAGUUUUCUGGCUUUUGUUUCAUGGCGCAGAUUAAAAAGGCUCCAAGGAAUAUCUGGCAAUUGCUCGAGAUACAGAAAUGUGUAGAAGCGCACACACACACACACACACACGGAAAAAUAACACAAUUCUUAUGAAUUGUGUCCAGAGCAGGGAAAAUUACCUACAAACAUUUGUUUUGUUAUUUUAAAUGUGAUAUGCAGAUGUUGAUAUUUGUGUAAACCAUUUUACUGAAGCACAUUGUUUUUCUUCCAAUGGGGACAAAAACUAAGGAUAACAGGUAGUUUGUUUCUUUUAUGAUUUUAGAUCUAAAUAUUAACAUGUUUGGAAUACUGUGACUAUAACAUGGAACUAUAUAAUGGGUAUUGUUUCAAGUAUUCAGACAUACUCAGUAAAAUGUUAUUGUAAGGACUUUGAAUGUUGAAUGUGAAGGCGUUCUUGGUUCUGUGUGGGCACAUCCUGAGUGACUAUUGAAUGACCACAUGUAUCACUGUCAUCAUUUGUAACGUAUUAAGUAUUAAGCAUUUCACAGGUUAUUGAGCUGUGAGUGGAUUGUUGAUUGAAAAUGGAUGAAUAUGUUAUUGUUCACAUUGUUAAAGUAAACUAUUAUAAAGAGAGAAAACACACAGCUGUUCUUUUGUGAUGAUAAAAAAAACACUACUUUAAAUGUUUUAAAAUGAAAUUUGGCUUUUCAUUUCAUGUCCAAAUUGUAUACAUCUAAUUGGAUUUACUGUAUGCCAGUAUGUAUCUAAAAUUACUAACAUUAGGAUCUUGUUUGUGGUUAAUCAUAACAUUAGACCAACUAAACUUGGGUUCCCAUAUAAUAAGAAAUAAUCACUUUUGUGUUUUACGAGUGAGUUUGAGUUCCAGAAUGACUGAAAUAUUUCUGUGCCCCUCCCUCUCCGUGUGUCUCUGUGCCGUUACUGUGAAUCUACUGUACAUAAUAAGGCUGUUUGCAUUCCAUGAACAUAGAUUGAGGAACAUCAUCUCAUCACCUCGAGUGCUUUAUGCAUCACUUGCUCAUAUUUCACAGCUCAGAUCAACAGAGUAAAUAUAAAAAAGGGUUAUUGUUGAAUGUGGAUUCUCUGCAUGACAAAGUCCUCGAAAUUCACAAGUUGUUUUCAUACCCUGACAGAUUGCAACAUGAAGUCUGUGUACUGGUAAAUACACUAAGUGGAGAGAAAGGGGUUCGUUUUUUUUUCAGUUUUAAGAUGGGUAUGCAUUGCUAAAUCUGUACUUCACUGCUUUUCUGUACAUGAACAGUCCAAAAAUGUAAUAAAAUUCAUUUACUCAA